AUGACUACGUUGCGGGAGUACCAGAUGCAGGAGAGGCAGCUUCGUAGCACGCUGGAGAUGACGAAGAAGUUCGUUGAUGGCUUCAAGGAUGGCGAAGAUGAAGCUCAGAUCGACGUGCGGCUGAACAUGCUGGAUGAUGCGUUGGCAAAGUUCUACGUCGUGCGGCGCAAGAUCGACGUCCUCACUGAUGUUUUCGGGGUUGAUGCUGCUGGAAAGGAGAAAGCACAGGAUGUAGAGGAGCACACUAAGGCGUUGUGGGAGUUCGAGAACUUGUACUGUGACUUGAAGGCAAAGUUGCUGGCAAAGCGGAAGGAGGAAGCACCCACGCAAGCGGCACCUGCUCAGGCGAAAUCGACUGUUUCGCGCGUGAAGCUGCCCGAAAUCAAGCUGCCGUCGUUUGGAGGAAACAUCACCGAGUGGAUUACUUUUCGGGAUUCCUUCAAGUCGCUGAUCCAUAAUAGUGAAAACCUUUCAGAUUUUGAUAAGUUUACUUAUCUUCAGUCUUCACUGUUUGGAGAAGCACUUGCUGAGAUCAGCACAGUGCGCGUGUCGGAUACAAACUACCAGGUGGCGUGGGGCGUGCUGGAGAAUCGCUACGGGAACAUGAAGCUGAUUCUGAAGAGCCAUCUCGAUGCCAUCUUUGCUGUUGAGCCCGUACGAGACGAGUGCUUUGAAGCGUUGAACCAUCUGCUGAGCGUGGUGGACAAGAACCUGCAGAUGAUCAACAAGCUCGGGGUGAAGACUGAGGAUUGGUCCAUCCUGCUCGCUCACGUUGUCACUAGCAAGCUGGACGCCGCAACAUUGCGCCACUGGGAGGAACACAACAAGAAGUCCAAGGAGUUCGUGAAGUACGAGACGCUGCUGGAGUUUCUGCGGGAACAGUGCGGAGUGCUGCAGACGAUCGAUUCCAUGAAGAAAGCUACGAGGAACGAGCGUCGCCCGCCGAAGUACGCGUCAAGUCACGCUGCGUCUGCUGAGCCAAGCGGAUGCUUUUUUUGCAACGGACCUCAGCACAACGUGUUCCAGUGUUUUGCGGUCAAGAAGAUGAGCUGUGCAGAGCGUGUCGCGGUUGCCAGGAGGAAUAUGCUGUGUUUCAACUGUUUGCAGCCUGGUCACGUCGUGGAAAAGUGUACGCGAGGAUUCUGUUCGAUGUGCAAGCGGAAACAUCACACGCUGCUUCACGAGAACUUUGGCCAAAGGUCGAACGCUGCCGCUGCAGGCCCGAACGCGUCACGACCUCAUUCAGGGAACACACCAUCCACACACUACCCACAACAGAAGACACAAAGCCAAACCCGUCACACACCCACUCAAUCUACACAAAACCCUACACAGACACCAGUCUCGCAAAGCUCACAACCACAAAGCUCACAGCUCGCCACAGGCCACACAGCAGCGUGCAACCUGUCGUCGUCCCUUGUUCCAAGUCGUACGGAGGAGGUUCGAGAAGUGUUGCUGUCCACGGCUGUUGUACGGAUUUGCGAUUCGCGAGGUCACACCCUGUUCGCUCGAGCACUUCUUGACAGUGGCUCCCAGCGAAACCUGAUGACCAAGGAGUUCGCGCGCAAGCUGAAAUGCAAGCCGCAGUCCGACUACCUGCGGGUGAAAGGAAUCGGCGUUGCAGAAUCCACUUCCACCUUUGCGGUGACCACUACCGUUUGCGCUCGUUCUUCGACGAUUUCGGAGUUCGCAGCAUCGAUGAGGUUCCAUGUUUUGGCGAAGGUCACGGCGAAUCUGCCGUUCAACAACAUCGAUGCCGAGCAGCUGAGCAUUCCAGGGGACGUGAAGCUGGCGGAUCCGCACUUCUACCGUCCUGGACCUGUGGACAUGAUCAUUGGAGCAGAGCAUUACUAUGACCUGUUGUCCGAUGGUAAGAUGAAGCUUGGAGAAGCAAGCCCGACGAUCCAGAACACCGAGCUCGGCUGGGUGGUGUCUGGCGUUGUCAACGGAGUAGCGGCGAAGCUGCCACGAGUCGUAGCGAACCAGAACUCAGCAGAAGCAGAAGCGUUGGCGGAGAUCAACGAUUUACUGGCCAAGUUCUGGGAGUUGGAGUCGUGCCAGACGCCGAGUACACAUUCGCUCGAGGAGAGCGCCUGCGAGGACCUGUUCAGGGCGAACACCGUGCGCGACGAGACCGGUCGGUUCGUCGUCAGACUGCCGAAGAAGCAGACGAUCCUGCAGAGUCUAGGCGAGUCGAGGUCGAUCGCGAUGAAGCGGUUCUACGGGCUGGAAAGGCGGCUCACCGCUAAUCCAGAACUGAUGAAGCAGUAUUCUGACUUCAUUCACGAGUACCUGGAGAUGAGACACAUGGAGGAGGUGAAAGAAGACACGGAGGAGAAGCAAGCGUAUUAUUUACCUCACCAUGCUGUGCUGAGACCAGACAGUACGACCACCAAACUGAGAGUAGUCUUCGACGCCUCAUGUGCUACUUCGUCUGGGGUCUCGCUGAACGAUGCUUUGAUGGUAGGACCGGUGGUCCAGGAUGAUUUGCUGACCAUCAUUCUUCGCUUUCAUGACCAGGAUCUGCAGCGGAUUUUGUGGAGGGACUCGCCGAGCGAGCCUGUGCGCACCUUCAAGCUCACCACGGUGACGUACGGAACGGCGUCGGCGCCCUACCUGGCCACGAAAUGCUUGCGCACGGUGGGAGAAGAGGUAGAAACCACACAUCCGCUGGCGGCGAAGACCAUCAAGCAUGACUUUUAUGUCGACGAUAUGCUCUCGGGAGCCGACUCGAUCGAGGAAGCGCAGAAGCUGGUUGGAGAUACCAGCGAGCGGCUGAUGGCGGCCGGGUUCCUGCUCAGGAAGUGGCGAAGCAGCGACAACGCCGUGCUGGAAGCCAUCCCCGAGGAGCUGCGCGACGAAGGAGGUGCGAAAGAGUUGGAUUCGUCGACUGCCGCUGUGAAAACGCUGGGUCUGUUGUGGGACUCGAGCAGCGAUGAGUUCAAGUUCAAAACGCCGACGUGGAAUUCCGCUACGGUGUUCACGAAGCAGACGGUGCUGUCAGACACAGCACGCAUUUUCGAUCCCGUUGGACUGGUCGGACCAGUUGUUGUGAUCGCCAAGAUCUUCCUCCAGAAGCUGUGGAAGAAAGGAAUCGAUUGGAAAGAGCCGUUGCCAGAAAAUCUUGUGCACAUUUGGGAGGAGUUUCGACGAAACAUGAUGAGCUUCGACAACAUCACUGUGCCACGUUGGGUUGGUUUCAGCCUGCAAUGUGUCAAGCUUGAACUGCACGGAUUUUGCGAUGCGUCGCUUGAGGCGUACGGAGCGUGUUUUUACACGCGCAGCACCUGGAGCAACGGCGGCGUGUCGGUCAACCUGCUGACGUCGAAGACUAAGGUGGCGCCGAUGACCGACUUGAAGCGACGAACCAAGGAGGAGACGAUCCCGCGACUGGAGUGCUCGUCAGGACUGCUGAUGUGCCACUUGCUGCAGAAGAUACGCCCACUGUUUCCGGUCGACAUCGAGAUCCAUCUGUGGACGGAUUCGAUGGUCGUAAUGAGCUGGCUGGCGUCCGCACCAUCUCGCUGGAAUCCAUUCGUGGCAAACCGUGUGUCGGAGAUGCAGCACCUGAGCAAAGGUUGUGUCUGGCACCACGUACCCGGUGUGGAAAACCCGGCGGAUCUGCUCUCGCGAGGCAUGAUCCCAGCGUUGCUCGCGUACGCAUCGCUGUGGUGGAUUGGACCCACAUGGCUGUGCCUAAGUCCAGACAAGUGGCCACAGACGAGAAACCCCACGCAGGAGGAGUUGGAAGCUGCACUGCUGGAGCAGAGAGCGUCGUACGCCUGCACUGUCCAGAUUCUUCAGCCGGAGCAGCUGUUCACGCGCUAUUCGUCGUUGUUUGCGCUGAUUCGAGUCACCGCACUUUGCCGCAGAUUCGCUCACAACGCUCGACCUGCCAACCGUGAGUGCCGAAAGAGCGGGUACAUCACGCACGCCGAGCACGAAGCGGCACUGCUGGAGCUGGUGAAGCUGGCGCAGAAGGAAUGCUUCCCGCAUGAGCUCGCAGAUCUGGAAAAGAAGGGAGAAGUUAACGAGACUUCGAAGUUGAACGCGCUUAAUCCAAGGCUCGUGGAGGGCGUAAUACUGGUUGGCGGCCGGCUGCGAAACGCUGCAGUUUCCGCUGGGAGAAAGCAUCCAAUGAUUUUGGACAACCACCAUCCGCUAACUAAGCUGAUUCUACAGCACUACCACCACAAGUACUUCCACGCUGGACUUCAGCUGCUGAUUUCUAGUGUGCGUGAGCGGUUCUGGCCGCUGAGCGUUCGGCGCGCAGCGAGGCAAGUAAUCUUCGAGUGUGUGCCAUGCUUCCGAAACAAGCCCAAGGUUCAAGAUCAGCUCAUGGCCGAUCUACCCCAAGAACGCGUAAAUCCAGCUCCACCGUUCCUCAAAACGGGUGUGGAUUACUGCGGACCGUUUCAGCUUUCGUACCCCGGUCGGAAGGCGAGACCUGUCCGAUGCUUUGUAGCUGUGUUCGUGUGCUUGGUCACGAAGGCAGUACAUCUCGAGGUGGUGACCGACCUCACCACACAAGCAUUCCUGGCGGCGCUGAAGCGAUUCACCGCGCGGCGAGGAAAGCCGCAGCUGAUCAUGUGCGACAACGCGAAGACGUUCGUAGGAGCGAAGAGGGAACUGGACGACCUGGCGAAGCUGUUCUGCGAUCAACAGUUCCACGAAGCGGUGGUGAGAGACGCGGCGAAGGAGAGCAUCGAGUUCAAAUUCAUUCCGCCAAGAUCACCGAACUUCGGUGGAUUGUGGGAAGCAGCGGUGAAGUCGUUCAAGACGCACUUCAAAAAGACGAUUGGCUUGCGAGUGUUGCAGCACGACGAGUUCGUGACUGUGUUGGUGCAGAUCGAAGCAUGCCUGAACUCUCGCCCCCUGACACCCCUCAGCAGUGACCCGAACGAUCUCGACGUCCUCACCCCAGGUCACUUUCUGGUCCAAAGACCACUAGCAGCGGUGGCAGAACCAGACCUGGCGGAAGUCCCAGAGAACAGGCUGUCAGCGUGGCAGAGAACACAGGACUUUGUACAGCAGAUCUGGCGGAAGUGGUCGACGCAGUACCUGUCGGAUCUCCACAACCGAACGCGAUGGACGAGACAGCGCAACAACCUGUCCUGCGGAAUGAUGGUGCUACUGAAAGAGGAGAACCUGCCGCCACAGAUGUGGCACCUAGGGAGAGUGACCGACAUUCGCACUGGGAGCGAUGGUCCGUAUCUCUCCAACAAACCGUCAAUCAAGGGUCCCAUCACCAAUCGCAUCUACCCGCUGGACGCAUUCCAGGGGAUUAGUCUAGUCGUACUAGACUCGGCGCGAGCGCGCCCGGAGACCGGUGAAAAAUCGCUCAAUUCGUGCCCAUGGGGGCACACGCAAAGCCACGAUCAACUCAGCAACCGAAAAACCUGCAGUAAUUCGGCCGCUGGAGUCACCCUGCACCGGUCGUCGUACAGCUUGGCCAGCUUUCCCGACGAUCAACGCAGUUAG